AUGGCAGCCUCAAACCCUCCAAAGACUCCGACUUUCGGUCAUUCUCUCCGCCGACAGUUUCUUUUCCCUGAAAACUACACAAAUCUUAACCACGGUUCCUUCGGUGCGAUCCCGGCUCCCGUCCUAACACACCGCCAAAAACUUCAUAUUCUUUCUGAACAACAUCCCGAUAACUUCAUGCGCUAUCAUUCUAUAUCUCUCUUGGACGAAUCUCGUGCGGCGGUCGCAAAAGUCCUCAACGCCCCUAGUGAAGAGGUAGUUUUUGUCACCAACGCCACUACCGGCGUUAACAUCGUUCUCAGAAAUCUAGUUUACGAGGAAGGGGAUGUUAUUCUUCAUUUCGGAACUAUCUACGGUGCCUGCGGGCGAACUGUACAGUACAUAGCAGAUACGACACCUGCGACUUGUAUCUCCAUUCCGCUGGCUUAUCCGGUCUCAGAUGCAUCCAUCCUCUCAUCAUUUAACACCACAGUUCAAGAAAUCAAGGCUGCCGGGAAAAAGCCCAAACUCGUAAUUUUCGAUACCGUCAGCAGCAUGCCGGGAAUGCGCUUCCCGUGGGAGAAAAUGAUUGUAGCAGCUAAGGAAGCCGGUGUUCUCAGCCUCAUUGAUGGUGCCCAUGGCGUUGGCAACAUCAAAAUUGAUCUGGGUGCUAACCAACCCGACUUCUUCGUCAGUAAUUGUCACAAAUGGCUAUACACGCCUCGACCCGCAGCCGUUCUCUUCGUUCCAAUUCGUAAUCAGCCUUUGAUCACAACCUCGGUCCCAACUUCUCACUACUAUAUCCCUAAAUCUGCAGCUCAAUAUUGGUCGCCUCUUAGCCCAGGCACUAAAUCCAAUUUUAUCCUGCAAUUCGAAUUUAACGGCACCAUUGACGCAACUCCUUACCUCUGCGUCCCCGCCGCCCUCAAAUUCCGACAAGAAAUCGGCGGUGAAGAUGCCAUAAUAAACUACUGCAACACUCUAGCUUUCGAGGGUGGUGAAGCCGUAGCAAAAAUUUUAGGUACUGAAAUCAUGGCACCUGAUCCGGCAGCUGUGGAUGGUGGCCGCUGUCCCAUGGUCAAUAUCCGCCUUCCACUUUUAUCGGUCCCCAAGACGGAGGUUGAACCUGUUUAUAAUACAUUUACAAAGGAAGUGGGGAUCAGGGAGAACACCUUCGUUCAAGUUUAUGUUCAUAAUGCUCGUUGGUGGGUUAGAAUCAGUGCACAGGUAUACCUUGAGAUGAAAGAUUUUGUGUGGAUUGCCGGAGUAUUAAAAAAGGAAUGUGAGAAGAUAAAUGAGAGGAUUAAGAGCUUAGCUACUAUUGCUGCCGCUACAGGCGAAAAGGCAGAUGUGGCUAACGGUGCAGAUGUGCAUGUUGAAGAGGUUCGAAGCGCCAAAAAAGUAGUAAGCGGGAUGGGGGAUCUCAAAGUUAGCGAAGCAGAAGGGGAGACUGUGACCGUUAAAGGUUAG